GCAAAAGGGAUUGCGAUUCCAUCUGAAUUUUGGCAAGCUCCGUACGCAGCGCCGAGGAAACGAAAUAGCAAAUGGGGUAAUUGUUAUUGCUAUUUAUAUAUGACAGGGCCAUAACUUGUAAGACAUGGGAAAUGCAAUUGCAAAUGGACUUUGUGUUCCCAUUUGAAAUUUGGCAGACAUUGUACGUUCGUGUAAACAAAAUGCAAAUGAAGAUGCAAAUACGCACGCACACUAACAUUGGCAGUUGAUACAUUUAUUAUGGUGUUAGCCUUAGAAUUGAUGCACAUUUUGUCACCUCCACUGAUGGGAGCUUAUAUGACAUUUACAUGGAAUGUGUUAUGACAAAUGAGUAUCCUAUUGUAUCUCGUGACACAACCGAAACCGAAAACACUGCACUGUUUACAGCAGAGGAAGAGGGACGCUGUACAAAAACUUAAUCCAUAAGUUUAUGUUACAUAGACAAUUUGUAACAAAGAUGUCUGCAGAGGAGUGUUUUCAACAUAGAGGAGUAUUUACAUUUUUUGUCCGCUCUCGCUUCAACAUAACACAUAUGCAUCGUCAGAGAUCUAUGCAGAAGUGGAGAUAUUUUGUGGAAAAAAACUUUUUUUUUUUUUCACAAAGCAUUUGUAUCACUUCAUAAAAUUGGGAUUUACCAACUGGAGGCACUUGGAUUAGUUUAUGAACUUUUUGGAGCUUGAAAGUUUUGGUUACUUGGACUAUAAAUUGCAGGACAAGAAUCUCCCAGGUUUCAUUAAAAAUGUCUUCAUUUGUGUUCCAAAGAUGAAUGAAAAUCUUAUGGGUUUGGAACAACAUGAGGAGAGAAAAAACAGAAAAUUCAGGAUAUUAAGAAUAAUAUAAAAGAAGCUAUAGAGACUAUCGUGACAGCAAUGAAUAGCUUGGUACCUCCAGUUCAGUUAGCCUGUCCAGCAAACCAGUUUCGAAUCGAGUACAUCCUCAAUUUAACCAAUCAAAAAGACGUUGAAUUCACUCCGGAAUUUUAUGAACACACAAAGACCCUGUGGCACGACGAGGGAGUAAGAGCCUGCUUCGACAGAUCCAAUGAGUAUCAGCUGAUUGACUGUGCUCAGUAUUUCCUAGAUAAGAUUGACACUAUAAAGCAAAGUGACUAUACACCUACUGAUCAGGACUUGUUGAGAUGCAGAGUGCUGACCUCAGGGAUCUUUGAGACGAGGUUCCAAGUGGACAAAGUUAAUUUUCACAUGUUUGACGUUGGCGGUCAAAGAGAUGAACGAAGGAAAUGGAUCCAGUGUUUUAAUGAUGUGACUGCCAUUAUAUUUGUGGUGGCCAGCAGUAGCUACAAUAUGGUCAUCCGAGAAGACAAUCAAACCAACCGUCUACAGGAGGCAUUGAACCUGUUCAAGAACAUAUGGAACAAUAGAUGGCUUCGAACCAUUUCUGUUAUUCUUUUCCUAAAUAAGCAAGACCUGCUAGCCGAGAAGGUUCUGGCUGGAAAAUCGAAAAUAGAGGAGUAUUUCCCAGAGUUUUCACGCUACACUACACCAGAUGAUGCUACACCUGAACUUGGGGAGGACCCUCGAGUUACAAGAGCAAAAUAUUUCAUCCGGGAUGAGUUCCUGAGGAUCAGUACAGCAAGUGGGGACGGUCGCCACUACUGCUAUCCACACUUCACUUGUGCUGUGGACACAGAAAACAUCCGCCGAGUGUUCAAUGACUGUCGUGACAUCAUCCAGCGCAUGCAUCUCCGGCAAUAUGAGCUCUUGUGAUUGCCACAGCAUCACUGGAACCCAGUCUAGAACUUUCUACAGGCUUCCUGUCCUACUUAUGCCCCAAAAAAUGCUACCAUGAAACUUACUAUUUAUGAGUUUCCAGGACACACAGCAACAUAUAAGAGACACAAAAACAUAGGCUUUCUCCAUCCUGAGAUAGCUGAGGGGCAAGGAGAAUACUGUAUUGUUAAUGAACAAGGGUGACUGUGCAAUCCAGAAAAGACAAUAUAGCCAAUGACCACCAAUGUUAAAUGAGAAAGAGAGUGAAUACAUACACAUAUGCUGAGAGAGAAGGAAAAAAUAAAAGUUUGACCAGGACUGCCAGAUACCUGCACACUUGUUGAGGCUCUGCUCAGGAUGAGGAAGAUAUUUGUAUGGCAUUCACAAAGACACACGUGUACAAUUCUGCUCCACAACCUCUGUCCUAUGUAUGUUAAACAUUAGCCAUGUGUUUCUGAUGAUGUACUUACCACGCACAUGCACACCACUAUUGUGAAAAUCCACUCUUUGCCUGAGUGAGCCUGUUGUCUCUCCUGUUCUGUCAAAAAUGGACUAACCCAUGAAGAAGAGAAAAUGAUGGAUUGUUGCAAAGACAUCGUGAAAGAAUGUAGACCUUUAUGGUUUGCUUGAAAGGAUUAAAAAGGGGGUAGAAUUAUGGAGUAUUUUCAGCCCCAGGUUGCUGUGCUUGUAGAGCGGAGAAUGACUCAAACACAAGAACCAUCACAUGAUUCUUUUCUCCAAAUGCAACAUGGAGAAAUAGUGAGAACAUACAAUGCAUAGAUUCAUGCAGAACAGCCAAUUACAGUGCAAAAAAUUUAUAUGCGCGUGCACACAGAUAUAUAUCUGUGUAUUCUGGUAACAGCACGUCAGCUCUUCUGUUUCCUGGUUUCAUCUGUUGAGUGUUAUGCAAUGUGUGUGCAAAUAAUGCCUUUAUUCACAAUUUUAACCUUCCAUUUUCCAAGAUGCCAUAACUAUACAUUCUCUCCCACUCACUCAGUCUGUCUCUCUGUCUCUAUAGUCAUCUUGUACACUGACAUGUGGGGAAAAUGUGUAGUAAAAAAAAAGGAGCGAGUAAAAAAAUCUAGUUAAGUUUAAAAAAAAAAAAAAAAAGCCAUGAUAUGGAAAAGGGGCACAAAAUUCAAGCAACUCGUCGCUCCUAUUUUUACUCUCUCUCUCUUCCCCUUACUCUCUUCGGCUUGGCUUUUUGUCUUUAUCUUUAUUUCUUUGCUGGAUCAUUAUUCUUGUACAGACUGUAAAAUGUAAUAUUUUGUACAACUUUAUUGAAGAAAAAAAUAAUUGUAGAAGCUC